AUGGCUACUUAUGGCCUUACUGAGGUUAUGACUUCCGGCCAAGGAGUGUUCAUUCUUAAAUUCCAAGAUAUGGAUGGAGUUUCUAGAGCGGUGGAAGAGGGACAAUUAACCAUUGGAGGACAACCUUUUCUUGUUAGGAAAUGCACUACAAACCUCCCCAUGCUGAUUAAUGAUGUAAAGAAGGUGGCUAUUUGGGUUAGAAUGUAUGACAUUCCUCUUGAGUUUUGGACUCCAAAAGGUCUUAGCUACAUAGCUAGUGCUAUUGGAACCUCUUUUUAUGCGGAUUCUAUCACUGAAGGAGGGACAAGGCUGGACUUUGCAAGGAUAUGCAUUAAGAUCAAAGUGGAUGCGGAAUGCCCAGAUUCCAUUAGUUUAACUCUUUCGAAUGGUGAAAGCAUGGUGAUAAAUGUAGAGUAUGGUUGGAAACCUUUAAAAUGCAAUGGUUGCCAAUGCUUUGGACAUUCUACUGCCAAUUGUGCUUUUGCUUCUAAGCUUGAAGACAGCUCUACAUCUCGAAAAGUUCUGAAGGAUAGGGCUGGUAUGGUAGUGUCUAAGAAACAAUAUGGGAAAGAUAACAUGAUGCAAGUGGCAAAAGGAUAUGAUAAGAAGGCCAAAGGUAAAAGUGUUGAGAUACAAAAUCCGGGGUGUGAUGGAACCUCCACAAGUGGUGUGGAUGAUACGGAAAAUGAGGACUCUGCAACAAUCGUCCCAUUUGGUGGUAAGCUAAAGGUGGAUGAGAUGGAUCUUAGGAAAAAGGAUGUAGAUAUGAAGAGUAUGAACUUGGGGAAGAAAUUGGCUAAGCUUAAGAAAGCAAAUCCCUCUCCCCCAUUAUCCAAAUGA